UUUCAGGAUAGGAUACUGACUGCCACUUCACUUCACCUUGGCAAGAGCUACAGUAGCACACCCGAUUAAAGCUUUAAAGUGAAGAGCAAGAUACAAGAUGUAAAGGCAUGUUUGACAGAAGUUCAUCGGGAAUCCCAACAGUAACGUCCAGCUAAGUCAAAGAGAAGCAGCGAUGUUACCUUAACGAGCGUCUGUUUUACAAAAACACGAUUAAAUGAAUGGCGCCUUUCAUCAGUAUCUCCACAAGAACCUAAUAUCGUCAGGGAUGCGGGGGAAAGCUGACUUCAGAACUGCAGCAACCUUGUAGCAUCGAGUGCGCUUGAAGCGGAAAUCGAAGUGAGCUGUCCAGGGUCCUGAAAACACUCCGAACCAUGGGUAUACAACACUUUCUGCUGCUUCUCAUUUAUUUGGAUCCCCUGAACGUGCUUUGUACCUUGACGGCCAAACGAGUCAAACCUGCGCCCAAAAGGACGCAGAAGGCGAAAGAACUUAACAACACCACCACAGUCAUACCUUCAGCGUCCACGCAGCGGAUCACGCAGGUUCGCCCGUCACACACCCACGAGACCUGCCUGGGUUACUUCGACGUGAGCGGACAGUUCGAUAAGGAGUUCGAGUGCAAUAACACCGACCACCGCUACUGCUGCGGAUCGUGUUACUUGCGCUUCUGUUGCCAAUUUAAAGGCAACCGGUUAGAUCAGAAAACGUGCAAGAAUUACCAAAAACCGGACUGGGUGAAAACUGUGCCCCCAUCUCCUGUUCCAACAGGUGAUACUUAUGAUCCGAGUAUGGACCAAACGAACAUGGCGGUGUACAUUACCUGUGGUGUGAUUGCUUUCAUUAUAGUUCUUGGGGUUUCAACAAAAGUCGCAUAUGACAAAGCAACCCAACCGCCUCAGGAAAUGAACAUUCACAGAGCCCUAGCAGAUAUACUUAGACAACAAGGACCAAUUCCUAUAUCGCAGUACGACUGUGAGAACUUUGCGGCGAUGAACAGCUCACCCAAAGGCAACACGCCACAGCGAACAGGAUCCAAAAACCACUACACCCCUGUUCAUGGCUCAAAGUCAAAUCACGGAGGGCAUUAUUCAAAGGAGAGCACUCGAGCGGGCAGCCAUGACCUUCACAACUUCAUAUCUUCUGGAUUUGUGACGCUUGGCCGAAGCCAUGUGAAAGGGGAAAAACAAUGGCCGGUGCGGUCUCAGAGUCACCAUGGAGCCCAUCAACAGAACUUCAACCAUUUUGGUCUCAGUAGCCCAACUCGAACACCAAAAAAUGAGAGCACCCGGAUGAACAGCAUCCUCACAUCACAGACCGAGCCGUACGAUCUGUCCUUCUCUCGAUCCUUCCAGAGUCUCUCCCACCUCCCCCCUUCGUAUGAAUCUGCCGUGAAAGCUGACCUCAACAAAUACUCCUCGCUCAAGAGACUAACGGAUAAAGACGUGGAUGACUACUAUAGCAGGAAGAGGCAUAUUCCAGACCUUACGGCUCGAGGAACCCUUCCCUUGCACAUGAUAAAGAUGAACCAGGAGUCCCAGAGCAGUCAGCAGGUCCAGCAACAGCAGCAACAACCGCCCCGCCAACAUCCCCGCAGAGUUCAGAGAGCCAUGUCCCAGGACCGCGUGCUGUCCCCUGAGCACAGCCAUGCACAAGACUAUGCCAUGUCCUCCUACGGCAUGUCCCCUUAUGGGGGACGCAUCCUCUCUGACGAGCAGCUCCUCUCUGCCGAGCGCCUACGCUCCCACGAACGGCUUGGCUCCCAAGACCGCCUCCACUCGCAAGACCGCCACUAUUCCCAGGACCGCAUCCACACGCAGGACCGCUUGAUAUCACAGGAACGCCACCAUUCUCAGGAACGCAUUCAUUCCCAAGACCGCCUCUACUCGCAAGACCGCCUGCACUCCCAGGAUCCGCUCAUCUCUCCCGACAAGAUGAUGUCCAUCAAGCGCUCCGGGUUCUGCAGCGAAAAGUCCAUGUCCAGAGCCAUGUCCAACACAGAUGUGUUCAUGCCUACCACGCCCAUCCUGGAUCGGUACAAGAUGACAAAAAUGCACUCCCAUCCCAGUGCCUCAAACAGCAUCACACAGAACAUUUUAACCAUGAACCAGACAGCCUCCAAGAGGCAUGCUUUCGCCUCGCGUCGUACGCAGACUGUGGAGCAGCUCCACUAUGUUCCACAGCAACAGCAACAUCAUCAUCAUUACCGUACAGGGAGCAAGACCGAAGUAACUGUUUAACUAAUCAGAAGCCUCCAAGAACAAUUGAACCAUAAACCCAAGCUACAACAGCAGUGUAAAAGAGCCGUCUCAGAUACAAUCCUUUUCUGGAGCUCUUCAGUAACUGACCCAGCACCAGCUACUCUAUUGUAAUUACAGAGUCAAUUCUGUGUGCAUACCAAUUCAUUUAUAUGUGUUUGUAGAUCACAAAAAAGGAUGGACACAUAGGGAACACUUGUCAGAUUCUGCAUUCAUAAGGGCUUUGCAUGGUGACUCACAAAGACCGACAAACGACAGUCAGAAGAUGUGAAAGAACGGUAUGGACAUGGAACAGAACUGUAUACAUUUAUAUACAUAUAUAAAUACAAAUACUGUUUGUACUUCCAGUCCUAGUCAAUAGCUUUAGAAGUUCUUCUAAUGUUCGCAGUUCUAUUGAUGCCUCUACAAAAAAUUUCCAUUUCAAUAAUGAAGUGGUUUUGUGGGUUAAAAAAGCACAAACAAGUAACAGUUGCGUUUCGUUCUGUUUUGUUCAUUUGUUUGGUUGGUGAUGGCUAGCACAUAUCAGUUUGUUUUUAAAUUAAUGGCCAAUUAUUUUGCAUAGAUGAUUGUAAAUAAGCUCUUUAGCCACAGUAAAUGGACAAGUCUGUUCUGGUCGGCACUUUUAUUAUUGUAGUUUGAUUUUUAGCAAUUCAAUAGUUAGGAUUUAUAGUUGACCCACUAACCCAGUGUUGGACCAUUUAAAUUAAUAUGAUACUGUGUGUGUGAGUGUGUGUGUGUGUGUGUGUGUGUGUGCGCGCGUGCAUGUGUGUGUAUGUGUGUGUGUGUGUGUGUGGGUAGGUUAGGGUGGUUUACGAGGACAUUAUUUUAGGUUACAAACUGGCAAUUACAAGGGUAUUAUGCUAUAAAUAUGGUUUAUGAGGACAUUUCUAGUGUCCUCAUAAUUCAAAUCGCUUAAAAACCAUGUUAAACUAUGUUUUUUUGAAAAUGUAAAAAUGCAAAAAAAUUUUUUUGAGGGCUGGGUUUAGGGUUAGGGUUAGGGGAAAGAAUCUAUAGUUCGUACAGUAUAAAAUUUAGAAAAUCUAUAAAAUCAUUAUGUCUAUGGAGAGUCCUCAUAAGGAUAGCUGCACCAACGUGUGUGUGUGUGUGUGUGUGUGUGUGUGUGUGUGUGUGUGCCUUUUCAAAUGUGUUUUUAGAAAGAGAUCUGGCCAAAUGUUGUUGAAAAAAAUUACAAAACUGUUGAUAUCUGGCUGUAGACUGUGUUGCAGUGACUCACAAGACAAAUGAGUAUAUUAUGCUUGUUGUAGUAGCUUCAAAUAAACAUCCUUAUUUUUCUAAACAUUAAAACUCAUGUGGAAAGGUAUAUGUGCCUCAAACUACAUUAAACUUUGAAAUAAAGUUUUUUAUUUAUUUAUUUUUUUUUUUCACAAAAAAUAUAUUUGUCAUAUGAUUUAUCGCCUGACCUUUGUCAAACAUGAUAAUUUUCCACCCUCAUACUGACCCUCGGUCAGAAACGGCCAGUUUUGGUGCUGCUUCUCCUUUAAGAUUUGACAGUAAACACCCACUGUUAUGAUUGGCUCUCUUUUCUUGACUGACCUGCUCGAUUCUUGCCAACUUACUGCUAACUGCUACUGGGCAGGGCUACAGAAGUGAUAAGGUAAAGCAGUCAUUGAUGUCUUGAUGUGUUGUUGUUGAGGCGAUCAGAUGCAAACGUCUUCCACAUUAUG